UUCACAUACAAGUUAUGUACGCUCUCUCUUAACUAUGUGAAAUGUUUUCGGUGUUAUUAGAAAGAUGAAAUGUUCGACAUAGUCAAUCUCAGCAGGAGAUAUAGAUAGGAUAUCAUGGCGAACAAGAUACAACAUACAAGUGCAACUACAAGGGAGUUUACACUCGAGUUGUUGAAACAAAUUACAGAUAACUUUUCUGAGGAGCAUGUCAUCGGUCGUGGUGGGUAUGGAGUGGUCUAUAAGGGAUUACUGCAUGAUGGAGAAGAGAUUGCUCUCAAAAAGCUUCACUACAUGCCUGGGCUUGACGACAAGCAAUUUAUGAACGAAUUUAAUAACCUUAUGAGGGCCCAGCAUCCAAAUAUCAUCCGAUUAGUGGGCUACUGCUAUGGUCUAGGACAUGAACGCUUCAAGUACAAUGGUGAAUAUAUUUUUGCCCGUGUACAAGAAAGGAUUCUCUGCUUUGAAUAUUUGCAGGGUGGAAGCCUUGAUAAGCAUAUUUCUGAUGAAUCAUGCGGACUCGAUUGGAACACACGCUUCAAAAUUAUUAAGGGAGUUAGCAAGGGAAUAAAUUAUCUUCAUAAUGGAUGCAAAGAUUCUAUUUAUCAUCUUGACUUGAAACCUGAGAAUAUAUUGCUAGACAAGAACCUGGUCCCGAAAAUUGGAGAUUUUGGUUUGUCAAGACUUUUCCAAACAGAAAAAACGCAUAUCACAAGCAAAUUUAUGGGAACAAUGGGAUACAUGCCACCAGAAUUCAUCGAUCGACGUGCAAUCACACCAAAGUUUGAUGUAUUCAGCUUCGGUGUUAUAAUAAUUCGGAUAGUGGCAGGAUAUGAGGGCUAUUCCAAAUGUGAACAUAUGUGUCCUCAUGAAUUUCUUGAGCAUGUACAUGGAAACUGGAGAAAGCGGAUGCAGGAAACAAUGUCAUCGCAUAUAUCAGAGCAAGUUAUGACAUGCAUUGAAAUAGCGUUUAGGUGUGUGGAGUUCAACCGAGAGAAAAGGCCUACCAUAGCGGAUAUUGUCAAUGAACUGAAUAAGAUCGAUAAUGCUGAAAGUGUAGCUAUAGCCAAGAACUCAGACGAACAGGAGCACACUCUAGAAAAACAGCCUGUGAUUCAAGUACAAGAAAAAAAUAGUACGGAAGAGAAUACCAGGUACUGA